AUGGACGCAGCAGAUCAGACUGCCGCUCCGUCCGCCACUGCUUCGGCGGAUGUCGUCGUGGAUCCAUCCGUCUCUGAGCCGACCUCGCUUCCUGCCACCACGACUGGUGGUCAGCUCCCAGAUGCCACGUCGCAGCCACAGACUCAUGCCGCCGAGCCGGCACAAACAACAUCUUUGGACCCCUCCGAACAGAACGAACAGCAGGCAUCGCAACCUCUGCUCGCUGCCACCACCGCAGUCGACCCCAGCACAGCACAAACUGCACCCGCACCACCAACAGAACCUGUGCCAUCGAUCGUCGAGCAGCCCAACGUGCAAGAACUCCAGCAGCAAACGCCUGCCACCGACACCACACAUCCUUCAUCCGCCGAAGCUGCACCAGCCCAGGUAGCCGCCCAGUCGACAGAGCCUAUGUCCACGUCCUUGCCGCAAGCCUCGGACACCCACGCCGCAGAGGGCUUGGCAGCUGCGCCGGCCGCAGAUUCAGCCACUCAACCAGAUCUCCAGGUCGCAGACGCUCCACAGCAGGCUUCUCAUGCGCCAGAGGUACCAUCCAGCGCAACUCAGGAGCCAGCAUCGACCACAGCGAAUGCACUAUCGGAAAUUGCUCCGGCAGCGACGGCGGACCUUUCGGCCCCAGCCAGUGAUCCAACGCCCUCCGUUGUCCCUCAACCAGAAGCUGCUCCUGCCUCGGCACAGCUGCCAGAACCAGUCGCUGACUCUGCUACUGUCGACGCUAAGCAGGCUGGCGAUGCGGCGAGCGCACCCAAGGAAGCACCGGCGCAGCCCGAGCAUCCACCGACAACCGUAUCUGCAGUUCCGGCUGAAGCCGUUCCAUCACUCGGCGAAAGCGCACCAGCUGCCUCGACAGACGUGCCCAACCCCGUCGAAGCGCCCGCUGCUUCUGCCGACUCCAUGGCCGAGACAGCCGCUUCCGCAUCUGUGCCGGUCGAUACGACCCUCAACACCUCAGCUCCGCAGACACCGCAAAAGAAGGCAGCUUCGGAAGCGUCGCUGCCAUCCACACCCACACGGGAGGGCCGAGUGGCGCUGUUGCUGCGCAUCAACAAGGAGCUCAUCCGGCUGUGCGUCGAGUUGCAGGCCAAGCAGCUGGUCUCGGACCCGGUCUACCGCGAGGCGGCGGUGCGUCUCCAAGCCAAUCUGGGCUAUCUUGCCGGUAUUGCGGAUAAGAGCGGCAAAAACACGGACGCAAGCCGACCCACAGCGCCCAGCGCAGCUCUGCCGAAGCUCGAGUCGUUCCCGCGCAGUGAGCAUGUGCCAGCCUCGCCGGUCGCAGCGCUGUAUGACAAGCUCAUUGCAAUGUUUGGCACGACGGCGCAAGAGUCGCCGGUUGCCGAGGGCAAGAAGCGCUCGCGCGGAGCUAGUGCGGCGGAGGACGAGGAGCGCAAGACGGCACCGAGCAGAGGUGCCGCUUCGCAGGAUGUCUCGGCGGCUGGUACGCCUUCGUCCAACCCACCUGAUACCCAGGCUGUUCAGACACCCUCCAGUCAGCCAACCGCACAACAGCCGGCUCCACCGGGUCAGGAUCAGGGCAAGGGGCCUGAUCUGUCGCUUGCUCCUCCCGUGCCGAUAGUUCCACCCGGAGCUGCGCAGGCUAUGCCCAACAAUCCGCAGGCACAGGCGUUGAUGCAGGCCUUCGGACCGAAUGCGCUGGUGAAUCUGCAUGCGCUACAGUCGCAUCUGCGUGGGCAGGGCACACAUCCCUGGGUGGCCUAUAUGGAAGCCAACAUGGCUGGCUUCAAGACGAUGCCUCUGCAGGUGCAGUUGCAGCACAUGACCUCGCUCCAAAACGCAGCUUCCCAACGCCAGAAAGGACAAGCUUCGACGGUGGCGAGUCCUUCGAGCGCGAUGAAUGGAGGUGCGGGUAUUUCGAGUCCUGCAGCAAGACCCGUUAGUGGGCAUUCGAAUAGUCCCGGUCAGCCCAGUCCGAGCUUUGCACUGCAGGGCGCGGGGCCGAGGACGGGCACGCCCACGGGGCAGUUUCAGCAAAGACCUGGAAGUUCAGGGUCGGUGGGCAGUACGGGUGGCAGGGCGAAACAGACUUCGUCCGCGUUGGAUCCGUCACAGUUGCAGGGGCAAAGCCCCGCAUCUGGGCAGGACUCCGCACAGCCAAUGUUUGGAUUUCAACCUCCAGCUGCUGCGUCGCCAGGACAGCAACAGCAACCCCAGCCACAGCAGGGACAGCAGAUGCCGGGACUGCAGGGUAUGCCAGGUAUGCCAGGUAUGCCCAACUUCCAGAACCUGCCGCCCCACCUGCAGCAGCAGAUCAGACAACAGUACAUGGCUCAUCUGCAUGCGCAGGGCAUGAGCAUGUCCCAAGGAUUCAGUCCUCAGGCACAGCAACCGCAGCAGCCGCAGCAGCCGCAGCAGGGGUGGGACUUUCAGUCGCCACAAUGA